AUGGCUCCUCCGAGGUGGACGACGGCAGCGGAACUUUCAUGGCUGCAAAACGAAGUGCCAACAUACCUUCAGAUGCAGAAAGAAAAGAAAAUAGUUCGAUUCUUCGAACUACUGUACCCAAAAUGGUUCAGUGGUUUCCCCGAACAUUUGAGAGUUUGGCCCAGAGAGCCAAGCAAAAACUCACCUGACGAGGACACCGAGAUCGACGAAUCUGGUCUUGACUUGGCCAAUGAUGAGGUCAACGCUGAGCCGGACCAUGAAAACAGUGUGAGCGACGGGGAAAAACUCUCCCAGUUGGAUGCAGAGCAGACAGAGGUGCUCAAUGCUGCCAUCAAGCAUCGACGCAAAAAAUUGCGGGAGUGGUUUCGAAACAAUACCAAAGGAAAAACUACACCUGGUGGGACCUCAACUAGCAAAAUCCUAACUACGUUGCUUGGCCAGUGUGCACGAGGCACCCGAGACCUCAAAGAAGUCGAGGUGUACUCGCAAAUUCACUAUGAAUCUAAAGUCAAGCCCUUAGUUUCUGACGACAUCAAGGAAAACAACCUUGUACUACCUGAUCAGAAGCUUCGUGCUAUCCGGCAGCACACGAGCGAAUGUUUUGCAAACGAGUCAGAAGAUGUAAAGGAUGAGGUUCGCGAUGAGACUGUGCGUAUCAAUGCUGCCAGAAAGUUGGGAUCAGUUGUGGCGGGUCAAGAUUGGACAAAAGAGGAAAUUUACCGUGCCAUUCAAGAGCUGCCCAUCGUGCUGGGUCAAAUAUUCGAAGAGCUUUCAACUCUCACGGGUGGAUGGCACUACUCACUUGUUAUGGGUGGGCCUGACCCUUUAUGCGAAGGUGAUAUCAUGACGUUAAGUUAUCACCACGGUAAAUCCUUGGAGGGUUUGAGCUUCAAGACAUCGACACCAAACUUCCACGAACAAUAUUUGUUACCGUUUGAAAAAUACCUGGGUCACAUCUAUGGUCCUUCUGUGAAGGGAACUUCAGUUCCCGCUUCUGCAUCCAGUUCACCUCCUCCAUCAACUAUCAACCUCGUUUCGCCAUCUGCACCCUGUGCGCCUCCUCCAUUGACGACGGAUUUCAUUUCAACAUCCGCACCCAGUGCGCCUCCUCUAUCGACCAUGGACCUUUCGACAUCUACACCCAGUGUGCCUCCUCUAUCGACCACGGACCUUCCGACAUCUACAUCCAGUGUGCCUCCUCUAUUGACCAUGGACCCUUCGGCAUCCACACCCAGCGCGCCUCCAUGGACCAUGGACCUAAUUUCGCUAGAUGAGCCAUCAGACCAGUCAAGUGCCCGCCUACUUCAAGGGCAGGAGUUCAAUACUUCUGGUCUGGUACUUGAUCCACCCCAAUGGAAUGGAUGGCAAAGUCACCCAGACCCCAACCCAUCUUACAUGUCUUCCAUCGCUCCAGACUCGCCGAUCACUGCUUGGAGAAGGGAAUAUGGGUUCAACGGAAAUGGGACUACGUCUGCCGCACUCCCAAGCGCCAUCAUGCAGCCUCAACUGCCAUUUUCCCCACCACUCACCUUCGUACCAGACAUUCCUGUUGAUCAACAUUUGCUGCUGGCCUCUUUGCCUGAAUCUUUGCUGCCGGUCUCUUUACCUUCACUGCCGGUCUCUUUACCUUCGCUCCCGGUCUCUUUACCUUCGCUGCCGGUCUCUUUGACCAAUCACGCGCUGCCGGUACCUGAACGUGCACUGCCGGUCUCUUUACCGGAACCAGCACUGUCAGUCUCUUUACGGAAACCUGCGCAGCUGGUCUCUUCACCACAACCUGCGCUGCCACUCGAACCUGACCAGGUCAUGUUGGCGCAUAAUUCAAAGCCUUCAACAUCCUCCGAACACACUGUCGCAACCCAAGCUAGGCGCUCGGGACACUCAGGACGUCCUUCAACUCGAGCAGAGGAAGCUAACAAAAUUGGUGAUACCAGCUUACAGCAAGUGACGAAGGCGGGACCUAAGAGAAAGCAGAACGUGGUACAAGCUUCAGAGUCUCGGAAAAAGUCUCGGAAAUGA